AUGUCGACGGGGCAGCUCCAUUCGUUGGCUCUCUCCCUCACACGCACGCUCGAGCGAUGGGUGCUGCAGCAGCGGCAGCAACGGCUGCUGCAGCAGCAACGGGAGCAGCAGCAGCAGCAGCAGCAGUGCGGGAUACCAGGCGGGCUUGUUACUGGAGCUGGUAAGGGCGCUAGCGGGGAGGCGCAUUGCGCGGAUGCUAAUGGCGUGGGGAGGGGCAGCGGGGGAGCGGAGAAGGAUGUAGGAGUUGGUUCCGGUGUUGGGAUUGUGACAGGCGGUAAAGUCGGACAGGGGGGACAUGGCGGGAGGGAUGAGAAGGCCGAAGGUAUUGAGUCGUUAAAGGAGAUGCUUAUAGUGAUGCUAAGGGAGCAGCAGCUGGGACAGCGGGAAGAUCUGACAAGCAGCCGAGAUUCGGGAGAGGCGGGUACGUUUGCGCUUGUGGGGAUCCGAGGAGAGUGCAGGAGGGAGGAGAAGCAGAGGAGCAGAGUGCGGGGGGAGGGGAGCGGAGAUUGCGCGAGUGUGGAGCAGUUUUAUCGGCUGGGGGAGGAGGUGGGGCGGGGGCAUUUCGGCGUGGUGCGCGUGUGUUGGGAUGCGGAGACGGGGGAGCAGUUUGCGUGCAAGUCCGUGCUUCUAUCGAAUGUCAAGCGCCAGGAGGACGUGAACGAGCUGCGCGCGGAGAUCUGCAUGCUGCUGCGCCUGCGCGGGCACGAGCACAUUGUCUCGCUGCGCGAGGUCGUCGUCGACGCCGCGAGCGCCGCCGUGCACGUUAUAACGGAGCACUGCGAGGGCGGCGACCUGUUCGAGUUUAUAGCGCGGAAAAAGCGGCUGAGCGAACGCGAAGCCGCGCUCUUGCUGCGCCAGCGGGGGCAGCAGGUGCGCGGAUUGGCGGGAAGCCCGUUCUACAUGGCUCCAGAGAUCGUCAAGCACCAAACGUACGGGUUUGCCGUAGACGUGUGGAGCCUGGGCGUCGUUCUAUACACCGCAUUGGCCGGCGUGUUGCCUUUCUACGGGAAGGAUCACGCGACGAUCUUCGGCGCGAUUUGCCGCGCGCAGCCGGAUCUGACGCGGCAUCCGUGGGGGACGGUGAGCGGGGAGGCGAAGCACCUGGUGCGGCGAAUGCUGUGCGCGACGCCGCAGGGGCGCAUUCCGCUCGCGCAGGUGCUGCUGCACCCGUGGAUGGUGCGCCACAACCCGCACGCGCGCGCGCAGGCGGAGGCGCAGGCGCAGGGGGGUGCGGUUCCGCGCGCGCCGCCUGGGCUCGGGUAUGGGGAUGGGUACGGGCGCGAGCGUGAGCGUGAGCGCGAAUGUGGGCGAGUGUAUGGUGCUGGUGGGUAUGGGCAAGGAUACGCGCACAUGCAGGCGUGCGCGCAGGAGGUUGCAGCAAGGAGCGGGCCUGAUGCUGUGGCGCUUAAGGGGGGUAUGCCGCCUGCUACUGUACCGCCUGCCCAUGGUCCUGUGCCCUCUCAGGUUGCGGUGCCUGCUCGUGCGACCAUGCCUGCUGCUGUUGCUGCUGCCGCGCCUGCUUACGUGCAUGCUUCUGAUGUUUCCCCUGUGAAGCGGGACGAGAGGAAGGAUAGGGAGGAGAUGGUGGAGAAGGGUCGGGAGAAGGGGGAGCGGGUGGAUGGGGGUGUGGCCAGGGCGUGUUUUGAGACGUCUCAAAACAAGCAGCAGGUGGAUGGGGGUGUGGCCAGGGCGUGUUUUGAGACGUCUCAAAACAAGCAGCAGGUGGAUGGGGGUGUGGCCAGGGCAUUGGAGAAGCGGAGCGAGUUGCAGAGUGCACUGCAGUCGCCUUCGCCACUGCUGCAGCACAAGCAGCAGCAGCAGCAGUACCAACGGCACCAGCAGCAGCAACAGCAGCAGCAGCAGGGCGCAGAUCACAAUCCCAUGUCCCCCCGUGCCUUCCGCGCCUUCCCCUUCCUCCCCGCCUUCCGCCUGCGCCCCCCGCCGCUCUCCCUCGCGGGUGUGCUAGGAACAGUAGGCUGGGACUCCGCAGCAGGGGAAGGCAGCGCAGCAGGAGGAAGGGAGAGGGGGAGAGACGGGGGAAGGGAUGGGCGGAGAGAAGACCCGUGGGGGGAAGGAUUGGGGGGGAUGGAGAGUGCGCCAAACUCCCCGUAUCUUCCCCGUGUUGCCCCGUCCUCCCCCCAUUCCCCCAUCCCGUCGCCUGCGGCCUCCCCCUUCUCACGCCCCAUGCGCUACCGGGAUCGCUUCGCCCAGUUACUGCCGCUCCCUCCUGCUGCGCUCCCUGCGCCUCAGGUUCAUCCUGGCCCUGACACUGCCUCCCCUCCUGCCACUGCCUCCCUUCCCUCUGCUUCCCCUCCCUCUGCUUCCCGCCCUCCUGCUUCCCCUCCCACUGAACUUCUCCUGUCUGUACACCCUCAUCCUAUUGCCUCCCCUCCCACUGCUACUCCUCCUGCUUCCUCACCUCAUACCAUCUGCUCCCCUGUCACGGCCUCCCUUCUAACGGCCUCUCCUCCUGCUGCUACUCCGUCCUCCUCUUCCCCUCAUUGCACCACUGCCUUUUAUACCGGCCAUGCUGCUACUCCCAUCACCUUUGCUCCUCCACCGCUGCUCUCGCACCCAUCCUCGCCCCGGUUCCGCUCCCGCUCCCCUCACUCCCCCCGGGUAUCUCCCAUCACUGCUGCCCUUGCUGCAACCAGAGCAACAGAGGCAUCAACCAGAACAGUUGGUUUUUCCCCUCUCGGGAUUGCUCCUGCUGCCGCUGCUACCGCUCCUCCUCCUCCUCCCUCUGCUGCUGCUUCUCCUCCCUCUGCUGCUACUGCUGUGCACAUUCCUUCGCAAGUUUAUAUGCAUCCCCCUCCCACCACGCCUCCUCCCUAUCCUGCUCUCCACACAUCACCUGUUUCUGCUGGCUCUCUACCUUCGCCUCCCCUCUAUCUUCCUCCUCCUUCAACAGUCCCCACUCAUGCCAUCUCCCCGUAUAACAGCCCUACACCUCCCUCCAGUAACACCUCUGUACCUUUCUGUAAGGCUCUCCCCACUGGUUUGAUCACAGUGCAUACUCUCCCUUCUCCCAGCUCCACGCCAGCUGCUGUCACACCAUCCCAUGCUAUGCCUCCGACCGCCAAGGCCCACGCGCUCUUGAAGUUUGAGGAGUAG